GUCCACCACAGGCCGCCUCUUUGCGAGGCUGCAGAGCAUCAAGCGCGACAUGGUGAGGCUGCAGCGCUGGUGGCGGGUGUGCCGGCCGCGCCUGCACCAGGCGCUGGACGAGGUGGAGAGGCACUUCGUGCGCGUAGAGCGGGAACAGCUGAAGCUGGAGCUGCGGGCCGAGGACCCGCCCGCGCAGUGCCCCCACCGCGCGGCGCCGCCCUGGCGCGCGGAUGGCCGCCGCUUCUCGGGUGGCCGCGCGUGGUUCCUCUGGCGCUGCGCGAGGGCCGCGGGCCUCGGCCGGGUGCCUGCGCUGAGCGCCUGCGCGCUGCGAGCGCUGCGCUGCGAGUCGCGGAGCGCUGCGCGUGCGCUUGGCGCCGCGCCUCGGCCGAGGCCCGUCGCGGGCAUGCCGUCCAUCCAGGCCGCGGGCGCGUCGCUGCUGGCGGCGUCGGCCACCGCCUUCGCAUACUUCACCGUGUGGGUGCUGGUCCUGCCGAUGUGGCCGCCCGAGGUCGCCCCGUGGCUGCACCGCGCCUUCCCACCCCGCCGCUGGGCCCUCGUCGCCCCCGGCCUGGUGCUGGCCACGCUUGCCGCCUCGCUGACGGCGUUCGUCGGCCUCGUCCUCGCCGGGGCCCUGCCGGCAGCCGCUGGCCGGGCGCCCCUGGACCCCGUGCCCGAGGAGAGCGACCUGGGCUUCGGCCGCGCUGGGGGGGAGGCGGCGGGCUCGGGCCGCUCCGGGCCGCAGCGCGCCGCCCGGGGCCACGGGCUGUCGGCGGCGCGCUCGCACGUGGAGCCGGGGCGUCGGUGCGGGCGGGUUCAAGGCGGCGCGGCGCCGGCGCCGCUCCAGCUGGCGGCGGGCCGCCGGCGCCGCUGGAGAGCGCCGCAGGCUGUCAGCGGCGGCCUGUCGCUGGGGAGCGGCCGGGCAAGGCACGGCGUGGGUCCACGAUAGAACGAGACGAUGUCUUCAACGUGGCAAUGGCCCCCCGAGAAGUUCGGCCAACCUCGGUCUGGCCUCGUCGCUUUGGCGCUCUGGGCCAGAGCGCCUUGAGCCAAAUGGCUAGGGCGCGGGUCGAGCGGAUGGAGGCGCUGGAUGGGCUGCGCUGCGGUUUGGGGCGGUGCGCCAGCCGCCUUCGGCCGGCCCCUCCUCUCGGGGGGAGAGGAGGCGGCACGAGGAGCAGAGCCCAUUCGGAGCUCCGCGCGGCCCACUGUGUCAAGGCCCGUGGUGCGAGCGCGUGCUGCAGCUCCCGCGGGCCCGCUCAGCCCAGAGGGGCUUUCUAUUGGAGGGUUUCUCCGAAUGGCUUAGGCGACCCGUCCUACUCCUCCUCCUGGUCCUCCCUCCUCCUCCUCCUUUUCCUCCUCCCUCCUCCUCCUCCUCCUCCUCCUCCUCCUCCUCCCUCCUCCUCCUCCUUCUCCUCCUCCUCCUCCUCCUGGAGGCGUCGAGGUGCCCAGCCGGAAGCCCGCGGGUGAGCUUUUUCUUGGAGUGCGUGGCUGGCCUGGCGACUGCGCGCCUGAGCGCGGCGCUUCCGCCGCGAGCGGCGUCCGCGGGCCGCGUCCCAGCCGUGCACACUGCUGGAGGGCGCUCGGAGGAAGAGA